AUGGCGGGCAAUGAUGUCUCUCCGUACGUUCCCUCGAAAGCUACAGCCAUCAUCAGCGUAAUAGUCUUCGGCGUCCUAUCAGCCAUCCACAUUCUCAAGCUCUUCAAAUCGAAGACGCGGUUUUGCCUUCCCUUCGUCAUCGAUCUUACCUUCGAAGUCCUAGGCUACCUAGCCCGCGCAUACGGCCACUCGCACCCCAACUCCUUGAAUCCCUACAUCGCCCAGAAGCUCCUCGUCCUACUCGCACCUAUCCUCUUUGCCGCCUCGUUCUACAUGUUCCUCGGCCGCAUCGUUCUCGCAACCGGACCCACAGAAGCCUCCAUUGUGCGGCCGACAUGGCUGACGAAGAUCUUCCUGGGCGGUGACAUUCUGUGUUUCCUAGUCCAAGCUGCGGGAGCCGGCAUGUUGGCGAAGACUGAUGCCUCGAAGGUGACGAGGGAUCUAGGGAAGAUCGUUGUCCUUGCUGGCCUGAUUAUACAGCUCUUCGUGGUUGUAUUCUUCAUGGUUGUCGCUGCAACUUUCCACAUGAGGGCUAGGAAGAUUGAGAGGAUAGAAAGGCAUAAGGAAGGCUGUCUGCUGGCUCACGAAUGGCCCACCUACAUCUUCGAUGUCCUGCUGAUGGCAUCCGCCCUUGGUGUCUGCACGACGUGGUACGUUGGGGACAUCGUGUCAAGGGUCACCCAUGGCGAAGCGUAUGUGAUGGCUGCUCAUCAACCCAAUCAUCGAGGUCGAGUAUAG